GAAUAUAUUUCCAUUUUUGUUCACCUUCGAAACGAACAAAUUUGGAUAAACCGCUCGAAGAGCGGCAUCCGAUCGAGCUAACAAUGGAGGGUGUCGGUGGCGGCAAGCGCCGCGGGGACGACGGGGCGGAGGCCACGCCGCGGUGGCGCUUCUCCCGGCCGUCGUCGCAGGGCGGGCCCCUGGCGGCCGCCGGCCUCACGAGCAUCCGCGCGGUGCUCAACCGCGUCAACUCCUCCGUCGACGCCGCCGCCGCCGGCGGGCCGCGCCCCGUCCUGCGGCUCGGCAACGGCGACCCCACCGCGUCCGCCUGCUACCGCACCGCGCCCGCCGCCGAGGACGCCGUCGUCGACGCGCUCCGCUCCGGGGCGCACAACGGCUACUCCCUAACCGUCGGCGUCCUCUCGGCGCGCCGUGCUAUUGCAGAAUACCUAUCUCGAGAUCUUCCUUAUGAGCUUUCGGCAAAUGAUAUUUACCUGACCUCCGGAUGUGUCCAAGCGAUCGAAGUCAUGAUCUCUGUUUUGGCUCAGCCCGGAUCCAACAUCUUACUUCCCAAACCCGGCUUUCCAUUGUAUGAAUCACGGACUACAUUCAGCAAUCUAGAGGUUCGACAUUUCGAUCUCAUUCCAGAGAGAGGCUGGGAGGUAGACCUAGAGGGUGUGCAAGCUAUUGCUGAUGAGAACACUGUUGCAAUUGUCGUGAUCAAUCCCAGUAACCCUUGUGGAAGCGUGUAUUCGUAUGAUCAUUUGGCAAAAAUUGCCGAGACCGCCAGGAAACUUGGUUUGCUGAUAAUUGCUGAUGAGGUAUAUGACCAUUUGGCAUUUGGGAAUAAUCCUUUUAUACCUAUUGGUGUUUUUGGGAAGACCGUCCCAGUGAUCACCUUGGGAUCUAUUUCAAAAAGAUGGCUUGUACCUGGUUGGCGACUUGGUUGGAUAGCAACAUGUGAUCCAAAUGGCAUUUUAAAGGAAGCCAAGGUUAACCAAUCAAUUGAGAACUAUAUUAACAUCUCAACUGAUCCUGCAACGUUUGUUCAGGGAGCAAUCCCUCAAAUUAUAGCCAACACAAAAGAAGAUUACUUCAACAAAAUUCUCGAUCAAUUAAGGAAUGCAGCGGAUUUAUGUUAUGAUAAAAUAAAGGACAUCAAGGGCAUUACAUGUCCACACAAGCCAGAGGGAUCAAUGUUUGUGAUGGUAAAAUUGGAUCUCUCUUACUUGGAUGGCUUCCAUGAUGAUAUGGACUUCUGCUGCAGGUUGGCAAAAGAGGAGUCUGUGAUAGUUUUGCCAGGGAGUGCAUUAGGAUUGAAGAAUUGGGUUCGCAUCACUUUCGCCAUCGAUAUACCAUCUCUUGUGGAUGCCUUUGAAAGGAUAAAAUCUUUCUGCCAGAGGCAUGGCAAACUGGAAACCUAAGCACAAAGGUGUUGAGAUAUUUCAUUAUUGUGGUGCAUCGGCAACUACGCGUUGGGGCACCCAAAUGUUGUUCUUAAUAAUCUGUUGCUGUGACCAAGAUGAUCAUUUACCUUGUCAAACAUGUAUAUCGUAUUCUUCCGGCAGGUGAACUCAAACCUAUCUUGUAUUUGUAAUGUAUUAAUUGUCGGGAAAUGCUGUAAUCUAUAACUGUAAGUCAUUCUUGGUUACAGUUGAUUUGAAUACGUCAGCCUGUAUACGACACAUUUGUGUAGGACUAAAUGGGUGUGUGCGCAUGUGCAUCUGAUUUGAGCAAACCAAUUCAAAUUAGUUACUUAUGGGUUU